UCAUGGAUCAUUUGCAUAGACUCCCAUCUCGUUCGCUUGAUUGGCCGGCGGAGGGAUUUCAUUUGCAUAUCUGCCUUUUGCGGACACCACGCUUCCCCACUUCAGGCCACUGCACCGCAGCGCGCCCUUCCCCGGCCGCAUCCUUUACGAGCGAGGCAAGGCAAGCCUGCCGCCGUUCGAACGUGGAGGGAAGGACGCGCCUCAAUUGUUACCCCGGACGGAGAAAUUGACCGCUCUGUCGACAUUUUUUUUCCUUCUUCUUCCCUCUCUCCCCAGCGUUUAGACGGAGGGACUGGCUAUUUUUUGUUCCCGACCCGGCGGCUGAAAGCAGUUUUAUGUGAGGGGACCCUUAAAUUGAGCAAGAAACGGCAGCAACCUCAGUGUUGGGGAAUGAAACCGGAUGGGGUUACCAUGGACACCACAGAGCCCAUUGAAGCUGCGGCAGCUGCGGAGUCCUCCAUGUCGCAGGACAACGCAAUAGAGCGAGCCGUUUCUCCGCCGGAGCAAGCCGAGAAUGAAGUUUCACCUGAAGAUGCUACAAAGACCAACGGGGGACCAGACCCCCAAGUUGAACUCCAAGCUUUUAACCCCGAAAAUGAGGCUGCCGCAAAAACACGCGUGUCCUCAAGGUCUGGAUCCCAACCGCGUACUGCUGCCUCACAUCAGCUUGUAAAUAUCACGCAGUCUUCUACGAACAAUACGAACUCUGGUGAUAAAACUGCAGCAAAGCCACCUGUAGCGGGGCCUGCCCCCAAAAGACCAGUCAACGUUGCAACGGUUGCGCCCACCGCCAAGACCCCGACCAGGGUGACUCAGAGGAGGCCCGCUGGAAACGGACCAUCUCGGACUACAUUAAGUGCUACUGCGACGGUGACAAACGGUUCCAAGCCCGCAACCCUCAAUGGAAGUCGCAAUAAGAGGACAGCCGCUGAUAAUGUUAGCGCAGCUAAAGUCAAAAGUUCUGUAACUGUCAGCAGAGCAGCAGCAUCCACUGCGCCGAAACCAAGCACUUCUGCUGCUGCCAGAGUUGACAGCGGUGCUGUUCCAAAGAACAAAAGGCCUCCUAUAGUCCCCUUGGCAUCUCGAGUGGCAUCAUCUGCGUCCAGGGCUGGUAGCACCCUUGCAACCAGAGCACCCACUAGUGCAGCGGCUGCUUCUUCAGCAUCUCGAUCAGCGCCAUCAACGUCCAGGGGGGGUGGUAAUGUUGCUCCCAGGCCGACCAACAAUGUUGCUUCCAGGCCGACCAGCAGUGCGAGUAGCAGAACUGCUGCGUCUCGAGUUACCACAGUACCCUCUACUGGCAGGAGCACAGCAACACAGCCUCACCCAGCUGCUGCCACAAAGAAAGAUGUCAGUCGGCCACCUUCUACUGCAGUUGCAAAAAGGCCUGCUGCUUCAUCAUUUGCCGUCAAAAAGCCUGAACCCACUAAACCUCCAGUCACCGGAAAACCCACUUCUGCCUUCAAAUUGGCCGCUAUGCCUGUAAAAGCGGAUCCAAAGGUGUCACAACCUAAAACCCAACAACAUGCAAACCCUGGUCCCGCCAAGUAUUCCAGUCUGACUUCUCCAAAGCUUCCGGCAGCUAGCAAAAAACCACUGAGAAGAACCCCGCCUGCUUCUCCAGCUAACAUAUCCAGAAACGGCAGCACAGCAAUGGCAAAACACGAAACCAAACCCACUCAGGCAGUGGUUCCUUUUUCGGCCGUUGUCAAGAAGACAAAAAAAUCCCAAUGCAACCCCUCUCUAAGGACACAGAGAAAUGCUGGUGCAGCGCUAACAAAUGCAACACCAGCGGUAGAAUUAGCAAAACUAAUGGCACCUGUACCCAAAGAAGCAUCUGCAGCUACCUCUGUACCAGAGGUGGUCCUGCCUCAAGCUUCUACUGCAGUACCUCCAACGACUUCUCAGAGCCCUUUGGCUGCUUGCUCUCCUCCACGCAGCCCCGUCCCUCCAGCAUCUCCAGCAAUACCUCCACCCCAGGCACAAAGUGAAAAUGAUGCUCCUUCAGCACAACAGGAGCCGGUGUCAACAACUGUGGCGCUGCCAACACCCAAAGUGGCCUCUCUGCCAGAGAUACCCAGCCAGUCUAUCAAUGUGUCUUCAGAGCAGACUACUUUCAUAUCAAAAGCCGCUCCGACUGCGGUAAAGUCGGUCACUCAGGUAGCUCUUCCCAGCAAUCUAAAUGAUGAGGAAGAUGAAGAGGAAAGAGAAGGAAGCCAGUUGGUUUCAGUUUCCGAAAUGAGCGGGACCACACAACCCACCGAGGAGUCGCGUCCCGGGUCGGCUGGACCGUUGGGCGGCUCCGCUUGGAGGGCAGGUGGCGCCUUCCUGUCUGAGCUGGACUCGCUUAGUGGGAGCCAGCAGGGGGCGUCAGAGUUGAGCGCCCCCGGUGUCCUGGAAGGCACUGAGAGCAUGGAUGAUCUUGGAGAGGGCAGCCUCAAAGGAGCCAUGGACAUGGAAGGAGCCUCUGCAGGCUCGCCAGACUUUGAAAAGCUUCCUGAUAUACCCGUUAAUGACUAUGAGGAGGAUGAUUACGACGACGAAGAUAGAGUGUGCGACAUGGACGUGGGAUCGGAGAAGACUGACGAGCCGCAGAGAGACGGCCACGACAAUGACGUGGACGAUGACGAAGAGGACGAGGAUGUGGAGAUGGCGAGUGAAGGGGUAACUGAGAGCGGUCUGGAGAGCUACGGGAACGCCGACGAGGAUGACUUCGCCGAGGAUGAAAGGCUGGACAACUUGAACAGGUUGGCCCAGCUUCCUCCGCCGCCUCAGCUACCGUCGGCCCCAGGUGCUCAGUGGGAUCGACCCAACCCGUUUGUGGACCCCUGGGAAGAGCAAGGUCAACGCCCUCAACUGCAGCAGCUCCCUGAACUGGUCUCCCAGCCCGGCCAGGUAGAAGCUGCAGCGAGCCCCUUGUUAGACCCCCUGCAAGCGGAUUCAGAGACUCCAUCCCAAUCCCCUGCUCAGGCCUCGCUGGAAAAAAGCUCUGAUCCUCAUGUUCCUGAAAACCAAGAUGUCUCUUUGCCUUCCACUCUUGAGGAUGGGGCCCAAAUGGGCAUGGCUCAGUGUAACGCGGCGCCACUGCGAGCACCAGAUCCGACUUCAUUCCCCGCAAGCGCCAUGAGCAGCGAGAGCGGAACGCCAGAGGAACUUGGCGAUAGCACCCAAGAAGGGAAACUCCAAAUUCAAAAAGUCCUGGUGACCUCUCCCCAGCCUGAUGUGGGUGUCCAUAUGGCGAGCGGCGACCAGGAGGUUAAGGGACUGACCAUGCCAGCGGAUGAGGUUUUAAGAAGCGUGGUCAACGCUCUCACUUCCAACCCUUCAUCGUCUUCCGUAACCGAGGAUGAAGCCAGCGACACUGAGGGCGAAGCGCUGCUGGACGACUCUUUGGAGAGUCCGGCCAUGCUGAACGAGAACAACACCUUUGAGGUCCAGCCCCCCGCAAAGCGUUCCCUCUCGACCGUCGAAGAAGCGGAGGAGUGCGAGACGACGGUUCUGACAGACGACGCCACCCCGCCUUCAGCUACCUCGCUGGCGUCCUACGGCUUUGACUCGGCGACCACGGCCUCCAACGCUCAGUCCGCAGGCGAGGGCUGCAUCAAGAGCCCGGGCAUCUUCUCCCUGGAGGAGCUUCCGGAGGAAUCCAAGGGUCUCUGUGAUCACGCCCAGUCCGGCCUCACAGAGCAGCAAUACAUCGAGUGCGGUAAACGGGAAGUAGGUUCGACGGAGGAAGUGCAGGGGUCAGAGGAAGCGCAGGGUCUGAACGCUUUGCAGCCAUCUGAGAAGCAGGAAGAUGUCCACCCUCCGUACUAUUCUGCCAUCUGUGAAAAGACUGACAACUCUUUUGCAGGCCUCACCUCGCCACCUCAUCAUUGGCCCCGCCCCGGUGACCCUCACUGCGUGCCGCCACGGCUGACCUGCGCGGACCUGCCGCCCCGGAAGGCUGGCCAGCAAAUGCUCAGCCCCCAGCUGCGCCGGCUGGAGCAGCACCAGAAGCAGCUGAUGGAGAUGCAGCAGCGGCGGGAGCAGCAGAGCAGACCCCUGGAGGGGGCCGAGCAGGAGAGGAAGAGGACGGAGGAGGAGGAACAGAGGAAAAAGAAGGACGAGGCAGAGGAGGAGCUCAAGAGGAACGAGCGGGAGGCGUGGGGAGAACCAGAGGAGGGUAACAUGGUUGACCAGGAGGGAAAAACUGCUGUCAAGAUGGCUGUCGGGGACAGCAAACCUGUUACUGAAGAGAAACUGGUCAAUGGAGAGGCAAAAAUGGCUGCUAAAGAGGAAACAAAGAGGCGUGAGCUGGAGUUGCAGCUGCAGCAGCAACAGUCUGAGCUGAAGCAGAGGCAGCAGAUCCUGCAGUGGCAGCAAGAACUGGAGGAGCAGCCGUCCCCCGGUCGCACCGUGGUCCUGUCCCCUUCGUCGGGCCUGUGUACCAUCUACGAAGCUUUGGAGAACAGCGAUGACGAGCCAGACGGCCAGGACAGACUCCGGCGUCUGGCUCGCGACUCUUGUGAGAGGAGGGUGACUGCGGACUUAAAAGACCCAAACAAAAGCCCCAGCAACGGGAACCGCUCCUCCCCCGAGCGCCCGGCCCCCUUGGACCUGGGCUGGGGUGCCAAAGUGGACAUGGUGCAGCAGCUCAUCAAUCAGACAUUGCUGCUCAACGGAGACGGCCGCUCCUCUCUGCUGCUGCUUCCGGGCGGCGCGGGCGGGACUCUGAGCCCCCUGGAGAGCAGCCUGUGGCCCAGCCUCCUGCCUCCCAUUAGCCCUCCCUCGGCCACUGUCACCUCUGUGAGCAGCUUCUCCCCGGAGGCCGCCGGAAGCUCCCCCCAGGGGGAGUGGACCGUAGUGGAGCUGGAGACGCAUCACUAGUAUGCAGGCCACGAAUACCCCUUUCACACACAGCUGGUACCAGUUCUGGUUCAGUACCGGCUCUUCCAUCCAACCGUUUUCUGCGAUUGUGCUAAUUAGGGCGAGGUUGAGAUUAUUCAAGAUGGCUUUGGGCGAGAGGUGAGGGGAAACGACCGCUUGCACCUUCGGACAAUUUAGUACGGAAAGCUGUUUUGAGCAUUUAGUUGAUAUUGAUACCUAGCUCAAGGUCCAUGCACUAGUAUGCUCUUUACCCUCACGAGUAGGUCAACUUUGGCAUACAGUGACCCCCUGUAGAUUCACAGUUCAGCAUUUGCCCAUUAGCAGAUCGGGGGGCGGGGGGGCUAUUUUGCUGUUUUUGUGCUCAGCCCAAAGCCAUGUCUAAUAUUAAAAUUAGGGAUUGGUAAGUAGUACAGAUACCGACCAAGUUUCAAGGGUUCAUGAAUUCGUGAAGGCUACUGAAACCAGGCACUGAUAUUUAAGGCAAAAAAAAAUCUGACACCAAGUCCUCCGUGCCAGUACACUGCAGCGGUUUGCACAUCGGCGAAUCAUGUGCGUCAGUCAGAAAGAAAGGUCUUUGUGCACAAUUAUGUCACUGUGUAAAUUUAAAUUUUAAGUAUCAAAAGUACUAGUGGUAUUAGUGAGUACUGAAGAGCGAAUGCUCGUACUGUUAACGAUCAUCCCUAAUAAAAAAAUAUAUAUAUAUUGUACUUUGGCCCCAAAGUAAUGUUAAAGCGAAGGGAGGAGCUUCAUUUAGUCUGGCCAUACCCUCGGCCAAUUAAAAAAAAAAAAAGAAAAAAGAGCUUUGCUGUCAUCUUGUGACAUCUGAAACUCAAUUAUGAAACUUUUUGGAUGGAUGUGAAUUACUCAGAUUUUUGUUAUUCACGGCUGGCCUUGGUCCCAAUCUUUUGCAAACAUUUUGGAGGAAAACUGCUAUAAGGACAGCUGCAUGUUACUGGUGAGCCAAAAUGCUGCAUGAGUUAACACCUGUGAGCUACUAGAAGUGAAGCACUAGAUGCUAACUAGUAGAAUUGCCAAUUGUAUUAACUAGUGCAAUUUUGCCUCACUAGUAUCUUGUAGUAGUGAGGACAAAGAGGAUACUAGCACAUGGAACUUAAUGUAGAUAUUAAGGCGAGUGACUCAAUGCCCAAACGGCUUUCAAUAAUUUAGUCUUCAUUGAACCUAGCGUGCGUAUUUUGGGAAUGUGAGAGGAAGCUAGAGUACCCGGAAGAAAACCCAAGAGGUUCAAACACAAAACCGGGGUUGCUUCCCUGUGAUGAAGCCAAACUUGUGUGCGGAAUUUGGAAGCGAGCGCUGGCCCAGCUCGGCGUGAAAGGGGGUGUACAGUAGGAGACCGUAAACACGGUGCUGAUGAUUCAAUACGCUUGGUAAGCUAAGAAACUGGAAACACGCACACCGUCCAAAAAGAACAGACACUCGGCGCCCACAACAAUGGGUACACCUGCACAAUCUGAGGCUGAAAGGGAUUGAUGGCAUUUCCAUUCAUUUCAAUGGGGGAAGUGUUUUGAGUUGCAAGCCUGGCCACGGAACAAAUUAAGCUCGUAUCUCAAGGCACCACUGUAAAUUUUUACAGAAGCAUCAAAUAAAAAGCCAAUCGCAUGACAUCACGCGUAAUGGCGGUUGAAAUGCCGAAGGGGUUACCUUUGGAAAGGACAGUUUGAUCCAGAGAUUAAGUCUCGCGAUCAUGUGUACCUCAUGUUGUGAUUGCUGAAUGUAGAUUUAACAUCAAAACAGUUUAAUAUUCUUAUACCAGGUAAAAUGUCAAGAAGAAGAAAAAAAAACUCUUUAUGCCAAACAUCUGAGCCACGGAUGCACAUAAGAUUCUAUUUUAAAAUGCUUACUGUAGUGUUUGGAGUAAGCAACUACACUGGAAAUGACUGUCCCGUCAACUACUGUAUUGUUAAUGCACCUAGCUUAAGAGCCUUUUUUUGUUUUUGUUUUGCUUUGCCUUUUGUCCACCAAAGGUCGGUACGAUGUGUACGCGGUUCCCCUUGAAACAUUUCAGUCGGCCACUGAUGCUUUACUUGAUUUUUGUAUUUGUCCACAUGUAUGGAAACCCAAUUCUUUUUAUUUGAGAUGCAGCUUAAGGUUUGUGCUUGUACACUGACCUCAGUAGUAGGAACCCAACCCGCCCCAAAAACUACGUACGACUAGGGCACAGCUACACGUAAAGCGGGACAUAUCUGUAACGUACACACUUUCAUAAUCACAGAUGUAUGAAAUAUCUGCACACGAGAAGGAUAACUUUGGCAGUACUAGUACGGUCUUUGUCAUCACUAGUACUAGGGAUGUGUGAAUACCGGUAAUAGCCUUAUUUUAAGGUAUCGGGUACUUGUCAAGGAUGCCAAUACCAGCCACCGAUACUUAAGGCAAAAAAAUAACAAUAAUCGCCCAGUUGUUUCCAUUAGUAGUAGUUUGUAGGAUGACUUUGCAGGCCUUUUCCUUAAUUUUCCUCAGUGAGUAAUGCAACAAAUUUGGCAUUUAAUUGGACAAAGGUCUUGAAGCGACCCUGAAAAGAGAAUAUUCUGAGAAUAAAAUCACCAUUUUGAGAAAGCAAAGCUGUAAUGGGAGGGAGAAAAAAAGUGAUCCAGUUUUGACCUAAAGCAAGACUGGCUGAUUUUUACAAUUUCACAGUCGUAAUAUUAUGACAAUGAAGCUGCAAAAUGAGGGGGAAUUGUAACAAUUGUGAAUCUUACGAGAAUAAAUACACGAGGAAAAUGUUUCUAAGAACAGCCAUGAAAUCAGGGGGAACAAAUCUUAAUUUAUUUUAAUUUUUUUUAACUUUACAAGAAUUCCGAAUAUGAAAAGUAUUUAAAAAUACUUAUUGUACAACGUAAUAUGAGGAAACCGGUUUUCUUUGAGAAUAAAGUACUAAAGUUAAAGGGAAAAUAUUCAAAUUUCUAAAAGUCAAAACGAGGCAGUGUUCAUAGUCACAUUUAUAUAAAGUUGUAAUUUUACGACAAUACACUUUUAUGAGAAUACAUGCACAUUAAGAGGAGGAAAUGUUUUUUCAAAAAAAAAAAAAAAGUUAGAACAGUCGUAAAAUGAGUGGGACAGUCAUACUGCACGGCUUUUUUCUUACUAGUUUUCAUAAAAUGACAAUUUGUUGAGAGGCACUAGGUUGGAGAAAAGUUCAAAUUUUGAGAAUCAAGUACUUUUGUGAGGAGUAGUUGUAAUAGUGUGAGGUAAGUCUGAGUUUUGAGAAUUCAUCGGUGUACACUAAAUUGUACUUUUGUGAGUAAAAGUGUAUUGAAAAAAAUCUGACUUCAAGGGGGAAAAAAAUACUUUUUCCCCCUAAUGGUUCUUUGCAAAAUUAGGCUUGUUGGGCUUUGAUGUGCUCUGUGUCAUAGUUGUUUUCCCGUUUGUUACCUUCCCUAAUGUAGAACCGUGAAGAGGACCUUAAAAUGGAAACUUAAAUUACAGUUCCAUCAGUAACGGUCAUAGAAUAAUGGGAUACAAUAGAAACCAGUUGCUGGUGCAGAUGUUAUCACUUUUAUGAAUGUAAAACUUUUUGUUCUGAUUGUAGGUGAGUUCUAAAUGUAUUUUUCUGAAAUGAAAUCCAAUGAAUGAUGUCAGAUGUUGAUAUUGUCAGUUGCUGCAGGUAAAUUUUCUUUCUUUAAAAGGCCACACUGGAUUUUAUGUGCACCCACUUGCUGAAUAAGAAGGAUCCCAUGAUGGGCUUUUAAUUUAUUGACUGUGAAGUAAGGUUGUACAUUUUAAAUGGAAUAUUUCGACAAAGUGCAUCGGGCUGCAUUUUUUUUUGUUUUAUUUUCCAAGGGCAUAAAUCUGUGUGUGAUUACUUGAACGUGAGAUUUAAUGUAAAUAAACAUUUUUUAAGAA